GAAACAUUCAAUGGAAUCUGAAUUAGGAGCUUGUAAAAUCAACCAAUGACAUUUGUGCGUAGCACUUGAAGGCUUGACGACUUUGGACGUUACUGUAGACGUGUGAAGCGCUAGUGUUUAUUGGUUUUACAUAUUUCUGUCAAUACAUAUAAAAUGGUUAUCAUUCAUACUACAGUUCACAUUGGGGAAUCUGCAUUAAAUACAACUAUCAGUAUCACUACCAAACACGGAAAAGCAAUUUUGUGAUUAUAGGUUGGAUGAUUUUUCAUAACUUCUAACAGUACAUUACAAGUUUACCACAAUUAAAUUCGUCCUUCGUUUAAUUGGUAAUUCUGAAAAAGUUCAUGCGUACCAAAAAGCGUCGAAUGCAGUCAUUCAUCCGGAUCAAUUUCGUUUCUCUAGAAAAGUUGUCAUGUCUUAAGUUGAUGUAAUGAUUUGUUUUCGCAAUAUACUAAUGUGUACGCAUUAGUUUCUAAUAUUCUGAUAAAUAUUUUUCUUAGUAAUAAAUAACUGGUUUGUUUGUUUCUCAUUAUGACUUAUUGCUUGUUUGUGUCUAAGGUUUUACAAUGACGUCGUGCCCGUUUUUGCGUAAAUUGUCUCCUACUGUGAUUCAAAGAGAUAUUCAACAGUUGAUCCAAUUAAUACCAAGAUGUCCGUUUGCUAGGCGUUUGUUUGAUGGAACUCCACUUUCCAGUCCUAGAAUGUAUUCAGAUGUCGCUAUGGAGCGUCAGUUAGAUGAAUCAUCAGUUUGUAAGAAUGUCUCAGAGUGCUUAUUGAAAAAAUGUCCUUUUACGGUCAAUUCAUAUGAGUCAACAUGUUCAAAUGAUUAUCUGUGCGCUCAAACCUCUAACAAUCACGAAAACGAGAUGUAUCAAAACCAGUUAUGUGGGAUUUCUGAUGACAUAUGUAUUCCAAACACGUGUGCCUUAUUCGCUGGUUGGCAAAAGAGUAUAGUUGCGAGAAAAAGUCUUCAGCCAACAACAGACAUAACGAUAAAGAACGCUGGUCCAGAACAUUCCCAAACAAUCGAUUCGGUGCGUAAUGAUGGUGAUAGCUGCCUAGGUUUCAAUUAUAAUAAGUUUUUCUUGUCUGAAGUAGAAAGAAAAAAAAGAGAUUCUACUUAUCGAGUAUUUAGGAGAAUUUUAAGAGACGCAUCUGAAUUUCCGUUUGCAGAUGAUUAUUCUAGUGGUAUGAAACGUCGUGUAGCUGUCUGGUGUUCCAACGAUUAUUUGGGAAUGAGUUGGCAUCCUAAAGUUCAAGAAGCUGCCAUUUCUACCAUACGUAAACAUGGUGUUGGUUCAGGUGGAACACGUAAUAUAUCUGGUAACUCAUUGUUACAUGAAUCAUUAGAAGCUGAAUUGUCAGACCUUCAUGGAAAACCUGCAGCUUUAGUAUUUACAAGUUGUUACGUAGCUAAUGAAGCUGUAUUGCAUACUUUAGGAACUCGUAUACCGGAAUUAACAAUAAUCUCUGAUGCUGGUAAUCAUGCAUCAAUGAUACAUGGGAUUCGAACUAGUCGUUGUCCAAAAAUUAUCUAUAGACAUAAUGAUGUGAAACACUUAACUUCGUUACUUGCAAAUAUACCUAAGGAUUCGCCGAAACUAAUUGCUUUUGAAACAGUCCAUUCAAUGUCAGGUGAUGUUUGCCCAUUGAAGAAUUUAUUAGAUGUUGCUGAAGCUAAUAAAGCACUAUCAUUUGUUGAUGAAGUUCACGCUGUUGGUUUAUACGGUGCACAUGGAGCUGGAGUUGCUGAACGUGAUGGUCAGAUGCAUAGGAUAGAUGCAAUUACGGGUACACUUGGAAAGGCUUUUGCUAGUAUCGGAGGCUAUUUAGCAGGAAGUUCUGAACUAGUUGAUAUGAUCCGAUCUUAUGCUUCUGGAUUUAUAUUUACUACUUCACUACCACCACAUUCCUUGGCUGCUGCACAAACAAGUAUUCAAAUUUUGAAAUCUUCUGAAGGAAAAGAACUUCGUGCAGAACACCAAAAACGAGUAUCUAUCGUACGCCAAAGUCUCCGUCAAGCAGGAUUGCCUGUGAUUGAAGCGCCGUCACAUAUUAUUCCGCUACAUGUCGGUGAAGCGAAACUAUGUACGAAAAUAUCAGAAGAACUGUUAUCCGAACAUAAUAUAUAUGUGCAAUCGAUAAAUUACCCAACUGUAGACAUAGGAGAUGAACGUUUGCGUAUUGCACCCACACCGCAUCAUACAGAUAAACUAACUGAAGAACUAGUGGAUUCUUUAUGUAUGGUAUGGAAAAAAUACAAUUUACCUUUAAAUGUUGAAUCAGCAAGAAAAAUCACCCGACAAGCUGGUUAACAUUGAAGAUAAACAAAUUAUUAUUAUUAUUUGAUUGUUAGUUUAAAGUAGGUGAUCAAACACAAAUUCGAUUGUUUAGUUUUAUUUAUUUCUUCACCAGUCAUUUUCAGUCAUGUAAAAGAAUGUCUACUUAAUUUGAAUAAAACGUUAGUUUAACAAUUAA